UGCUCUACAUACUACUCCCUACAUAGGAGGUAGGGAGUAGUGAAUGAGAGGGGAUUUCGGACACAGCCAAUAUAUUUUCUCAUGUGAUCGUUACUCUGUGCUCUAUUGCUUUACCCUGACUUUUGGAUCGUUUUUUUCCCGAUGUUGAUUACACUCCCCUGAGUUCGGUAGGGCCUUGCAUCUUAUGGGAGUUUAGAGUGCAUUCGGUUACAUUACGUUACCGCAUCCCCUUUUCAGUCUUCUAGGGUCUAUAUUACUUUUGUAAAUCAUGGCAGACGACGAAUUAGAGGCAAUUAGGCGGCAAAGAAUGGCGGAACUACAGGCAAAGCACGGGGAUUCUUCAAAUAAUCAGCAAGGAGAGGAGGCAAAACAAAGAGAAACAGACAUGAGGAACUCUAUAUUGGCUCAAGUUCUCGAUCAGUCUGCCCGUGCCAGAUUGAGCAAUCUCGCUUUGGUAAAGCCGGAGAAGGCCAAUGCAGUUGAAAACUAUCUCAUUCAAAUGGCUCGUUUUGGAAAGUUAGGAGGAAAGAUUUCAGAGACGGGCUUGAUCGAGAUUCUAGAAAAAGUCAGUCAGCAAACGGACAAGAAGACAACUGUCAAAUUCAACAGACGGAAGGUGAUGGACUCUGAUGAUGAGGAUGAUUACUAACUUUAAAAGGGAGCCCUGGAAUGAGCCAAGAAAUCAGGAGAGGAUAUACUUUACCAGGACUCUGACAGCAUCUUUGACCAGCUGAAUCCUGGGAUGCCACACUAGCUACUGUGUGUCUCUGGAAUCUGCAUACCAAGAGGGAAGAGCAGCAAAGUGGAGUUGACAUUGUGGCAUAAGUGGUGGGGGGUAGAACACACACACACACACACACACACACACACACACACACACACACACACACACACACACACACACACACACACACACACAGACA